AUGGUUGAUGUCGUCGACUUGGUUUGCCGAGCCGACAUGAAUGAAACACAUUUAAAAAGUUUUCAAGGCGUAGUGGCAAACAAAAAGGAGGAAUUUUGUGAUUCAAAGGCUGAGCGUCAAGUACUUUCAGAGCAAAAUUCCUUUGUGGGCUGUGAGAAGGCCAUUUUUGAAGAUCAUGUGGCCACUUUGGAGGGUCAAACAGAGGUACUCGAAAGUCAAGUGAGAGCUCUUACGUGGGAGAAAGGUAUAGUAGCAAGUGAGUUGGCUAAGUGCCAAUGUCAGUUGGCCCGUACCCAUGUUAAUGGUGUUGUUGCCCGAGGCUGUUUUGCAAUGGAUGCUGGAGAAGGCGGUGGUUUGCGUAAUUAA